CACAGCCAAUCCGAUGCCCAGAGGGAUGCGCAAAGACGCGAAAAAUGUAUAAAAAGGCUUGCGACCUCUCGCCCAAGCGUCUCCAGUGCUUCCGCAAAAAACCGAACAAGACCAAGUCGAGACUCUUCGUAGACGACACCGCAUUCUGGACCCCAUACAAAACCCCCUCCAAAGCAGGCGCCGCCAUCCAGGAAAUGCUAGGCCGAUUCGAGAAGGAAGUCUGCUUUAUUCCCUCAGUCAAAAUGGAACGGUACAACAUUAUGCUACAAAUGAUUAUUGCAAACGCACUUUUCAAUAAAGAACCCCAUCCCGGCCAACCUGGAGGUGGACCGAGUAGUCAUUAUAACAAAAAUUUCCACGGAAAGGGCAACCAAGGUGACCAUCGAAAUUAUCAGAGAAGCCACUAAAAAAACAGUAUGGUCGUCACAGCGGAUGUGGUGGACAGUUAAGAUCCAAACGUGGGCAAUCCAGUGCCAA